AGUGUUCAAUAUCAUUACACUGCCAUCUAGUGGCAAAUAGCAGAAACUAACCUACGGCGUGAACAUCGUAACAUCGUGCAACCGCACCGCGAGUGGGCAGCACCGUCGCAACCAACUUCACUUCGCUUGACAAAUUCAUGUAAAAACGUGUGUGUCGUUUACGUUUACCAAAACUUUAUUGUAAUUUUAAGAAAUAUAGAACGUUUAAUUUCAAAAGGACAAUAAAGUACUUCAUUGAAGACAUCCCUGCCCUCCAUCGCAUAGGAACUUGGGGAACGAUUGAAGAUUCUGGUCCUUGACGAGACGGAUUUGCGAAGAACCACGCGACCACGUGGAGCGUCUUAGAAAAAGGCAGUGGAGAAGAGGAUUGUCCAGGAUUGUCGGCGAGUCGCAUCCGGUCAGGUCGCAAAACCCAUCCUUCUCCUCCCUGUCCGACAAUUUGCGUUAAUAUCGUUAUUUUCGUGUUUUAGUCGUUGUGCUGUGCGGCGCGGCGCCGGGGUGGUGCUGAGCGGGAAACUGUAAGUACUCUUGCUUUCCAUAGCCUUCCAAAAUGAGUGACGAUGAGGCAAAUAAAGUGAUCGCUGACUUGAAAAAGCAGCGAGGCACGUUGAAAGGCAGGCUUACGUUAUUCGAGAAAUAUAUUUCUAAAUUAGAGAAAUUGUCAUUAACUCCAACUAUUUUAACUGAAUUAGAAUUACGAAUAGAGUCUACUUGCACUAUUUUUCAAAAUUUUAAUGACAUUCAAAAUAAAAUUGAGCAGUUAGUAGAUGAAACCGAUUUAUUUGAACAAUUAGAAUACCGUGAAUCUUUUGAACAACAAUAUUUUUCAAUCAUGGCGGACGCGAAGUGCUUGAAACCUAAAAAUAAUGAACAAUCUGAAUCUAUUUCUCCUAAAAUAAAUCCUGUACCUAUUAAGUUGCCAGUAAUAAAGCUUCCUGCCUUUGAUGGUUCAUUUGAUCAGUGGUUGGAGUAUAGGAACUCGUACCUCACUAUGAUACACACUCGAGAAGAUCUUAAUGAUAUACAGAAGUUUCAUUAUUUAAAAUCGUCUCUCAGUGGUUCUGCCUCUCAAGUAAUUAGUGCAUUAGAAUUCACUGCUCCGAACUACUCUCACGCAUGGGAUUUGCUGGAGAAUAGGUUUCACAACAACCGCUUACUGAUACAAAAUCACAUAAAGGCAUUAUUUACCACACAACCACUUCAAAGCGAGUCAUAUAUUCUAAUUAGAAAGCUAAUAGAUUCAACUUUGCGUAAUUUGCGAGCACUAAAAUCACUUAAUGAACCGACCGAUGCUUGGGACACGUUAAUCGUUUAUCUUAUAGUUUCUAAGCUCGAUCAGUCCACGGAACGCGAGUGGGAAACCCAUAAAGGUACCCUUGUAUCUAAAAACGAUUCAAAUAAUAUUAAAUUAGAUGAUCUAUUAGAAUUUCUCAGAAACCGUGCGGAUAUGUUGGAAUUGAUAAAAUCAAAUAAUAGUAAAAGUGUUCCUUCGUUUAAGCACAAUAAUAAUGAUUCCAUUAAGUCAAAUUCCAAUCAAAACAAAAGAUACUUCAAUAAAUCAAACAAUAUAAACUCGCAGCCUACCACACAUUCAUACGUAAGUAAUACAAAUCCAAAUAAAUACAACUCGGGUAAUAAUAACAAACGACGUGUUUGUGUGGACUGCGGCGGAGACCAUUAUUUGUAUUUAUGUCCGAAAUUUUUAAAUUUAUCCGUGCAAGAAAGAUACGUAAUUGUGCAAAAUAAUAAGCUUUGUCAAAAUUGUAUUCGUUCUGAUAAUCACUCGCCAACUGAAUGUUCAUAUGGUCCAUGUAAAUUAUGCAAUAAUAACCAUAAUACGUUACUUCAUAAAAAUAAUACUUCUAGUGCCGUAACCCCGUCUAUUUCGCAUCCGUCGCCGAGCGCGAGCAAAUCAGCUGACGCGCAAGUACAUUCCGAGCGCAAUGUACUCGCGUGCAGCGCGGCUGCGGUACAGCCCGUUUUGUUGUCGACAGCACUAAUCGAGAUUCCCGAUUCGAGUAAUAAUUAUCACACAGUGAAGGCACUUCUUGACAACGGUAGUCAGAAUUGUUUUAUCACAGAAUCGUUAUGUAACCGUUUACAAUUACCUAUGAUACAGUCCACGCUUCAUAUCACGGGUGUAGGACAAAGCGUUUCGAAUAGUUCUCACACCUGCAAGGUUAACUUUCGUUCUAAAGUUAAUGAUUUUAAUACAACCAUACAGUGUUGGGUGCUGCCGCGUAUUACAUCAAAGUUACCUUCGUUAGACGUUCAAGGUCAAUGCAUACAGCUACCUAAACAUAUUUCGCUCGCGGACCCCACGUUUAGCGUUCCUUCGGACAUCGAUGUUCUUUUAGGAGCAGAUAUAUUUUGGGAUCUGUUGAAUAACGAUAAAAUUAAGCUUAGCAGUGGUCCAUAUCUGUACGAUUCGAAAUUAGGAUGGAUUAUCUCGGGCCCACUUUGUAAUAAUCAUUCGUUUAAUUCUAAAAGAGUACAAUGUAAUUUCGUUCAAAUUGAUACUCAAUUGCAAAAAUUCUGGGAGUUAGAAGAAUUGUCUGACUUACCGAAUACUAUGUCGAAAGAUGAUCGUUAUUGUGAAAAAUUAUUUACAGAAACUACAAAACGUGAUGAACACGGUAGAUUUUCCGUUCGCAUUCCAUUAAAGGAGUCACCCGAGUCGUUAGGUGAUUCAUACACUAUGGCAAAAAAUCGUUUUUUAUCUCUCGAAAGAAAGUUAGAUCGUUUACCUGACUAUAAAAAACUUUAUUGUGAAUUUCUUCGCGAAUAUGAGGCACUUGGUCACAUGACCCCAGUUGCAUCAAAGGAUAUUUCUGAUAUUUUAAGUAAACCGCAUUACAUACUACCUCAUCACGGUGUUUACCGAGAGGAUAGUGUUACUACGAAAUUACGCGUUGUUUUCGACGCGAGCGCGAGUACGUCGAACAAUAAAUCGUUAAAUAAUAUUCAGCAUGCAGGACCUCCAUUACAAAAUGAUAUUUUUUCUAUUUUACUUAGAUUGAGGCAAUAUCAAUACGUAGCUUGCGCAGACAUUCAAGCAUUCUUCAGACAGAUUUUAUUACAACCGGAUCAACGUAACUUACAGUUGAUAUUAUGGCGGGAAAAUCGAGACUUACCUUUGCAAUUAUAUAGUUUAAACACAGUGACAUACGGCACUGCGUCGGCUCCUUUUCUCAGCAUGCGAUGCUUAAAACAAUUAGCGUUAGAAUCUGAUGAUGAUUUAGUUGCUAGGACAAUUAAUAAUGACUUCUUCGUCGACGAUUUGGUAACAGGGGGCAAUGACCUCCAUUCAUUGAUGCAGUUAUGUAAUAAAAUUUCCGCUUUAUUAAAACAGGGUUGCUUUCCGUUACACAAGUGGACGUUUAGUCAUGACGUGUCUCAUGAGAAUUAUAAAGACUUAAACAUCGGUGAUAAUCAUCUGUCUAAAACUUUAGGCUUAGGUUGGUGUACGGACAGUGAUGAGUUUUAUUUUAAAACAAAAAUUACACAUAGUGAUACAGUAGUUACAAAACGCAUAAUGUUAUCAACCACUGCGCAAGUAUAUGAUCCUUUAGGUUUGUUAGCGCCUGUAGUAAUUAGAGCUAAAUCAUUAUUACAAAAGUUAUGGUUACAAAAAUUAGAUUGGGACGAUGAAGUUCCCGAUAACAUUGCAACUACAUGGCAUAAGUUUCUUUCCGAUUUACAGCAUUUACGCGAUAUCAAAAUACCUCGUUACAUUAUUAGUGGAAAUUACAUAGAACUUCACAUAUUUACUGACGCGUCGCAAAAUGCCUACGGAGCGUGCGCCUACGUUAGGUCGUGUCAUGAUAAUUGUGAAAGUACUACACCUAUGUCAGUUCAUUUAAUAUGUGCAAAAGGUAAAUUGGCGCCGAUAAAGUCAGUUAGCAUUCCUAGGCUUGAGCUAUGCGGAGCCUUUUUAGGUGCAAAACUAUAUAACAAAAUAAAAAAGUCUUUACGUUUAACUUUUAAUAAAGUUUAUUUUUGGACCGAUUCGACUAUCGUUCAAGGGUGGUUACGUAUGUCACCGCAUCUACUAAAAACUUUUGUGCAAAAUCGCGUUGUACAAAUUAAUGAAUUAACGUGUGAUACAAUUUGGCGGCAUGUAAAGGGUACCGAGAACCCUGCGGAUAUUAUAACGCGCGGUGCUACGCUAGACACUUUAAAGUAUGAUAAUAAUAAUACUUGGUGGUGUGGCCCUGCGUUCUUACGAGAACCUAGAGUUAUGUGGCCAAAAACUAACAAUAACGAAUUGUCAUGCGUUGACUUACCUGAAACUAAACCUGAUUCUAUUAAUUUACAUUCCAUUCAAGUUGUUCCAUUAUUUGAUUUUGAACGCUUUUCGUCAUUCAUUAAACUACAAAGAGUUUGUGCAUAUUUAUUGCGUUUUUUAAAUAAUGCGCGAGCGGCGACGCGCGGCGGCACGUGUAUGCGUAAAACCGGUCCGUUAUCUGUGGACGAGCUGCAGCGAUCGCUCGAAACGUUGACGCGCUUUGUUCAACAACAAUCAUUUAGUGAGCAAUAUCAUAAAUUACUACAUAAGUUACCGUUAAAUAUUAAUAAAAAUAGUACAAACAAAUUAUUAUACAAUAAAAUAUCGGGUUUAAAUAUUUUCUUAGAUAAAGCUAAUAUAAUACGUGUAGGUGGUAGGCUAUCUAACGCGGUUGAAUUUAAUUAUGAUAAAAAACAUCCCGUAUUGUUAAGUAGUAAACAUCGGUUUUCAAGGUUGUUGUGUGAGUAUGAACACAAACGACUACUUCACGCUGGACCUCAACUUUUAGUAUAUUCCAUGCGUGAAAGGUGGUGGAUUUUAGGAGCUCGCAACUUAGCUAGACAGGUAGUACAUAAUUGUGUCAUAUGUAAACGCAUGAGAGGGCGGACGUUGACCCCUCUGAUGGGUAAUUUACCUUCUGAAAGAUUAGAGCCUAGUUUUCCAUUCAUGCAGUGUGGAGUAGACUAUGCCGGACCACUGAACAUAUUGGACCGCAGAGGCAGAGGUGCCAAGCUUAUAAAAGCAUAUAUUUGUUUAUUUGUUUGUUUUACGACUCGAGCCAUUCACUUAGAAUUAGUAGGCAGUUUAAGCACACAGGAUUAUAUUUUAGCAUUAAAACGUUUCAUAGCACGUCGUGGCAAGCCAUAUCAAAUAUUUUCAGACAACGGUAAAAAUUUUGUUGGUGCUGAAAAAGAGUUGUCAAUAAUUUUUAAUAAUACUAAUGAUAUUUGUGAUUUCCUUAGUAAUAAUCAAAUUCGUUUAACGUUUAUUCCACCUUAUAGUCCUCAUUUUGGCGGGUUGUGGGAGGCAGGGGUCAAGUCCUGCAAGUACCAUUUACGGCGGGUGCUGGGCAAUGCCAAACUAACUCGCGAGGAGUUCGAAACGGUAUUAACGCAAAUUGAAGCCGUUCUGAACUCCCGCCCCUUGUCCCCUCUGUCCUCAGACUCGAACGAUUUCCUUCCACUCACUCCAGCGCACUUCCUGAUCGGCCGACCGCUGACUGCGCCCAUCUGCGAGAACCUGACGACGAUCGAGCCUGCGAGACUGGGACGCUACGACCGCGUGGAGCAACUCCGACAACAUUUUUGGCAACGAUGGUCAAAAGAAUAUGUUUCAGAGCUCCAAACUCGAACUAAGUGGAAGGUCAACAGUGAGGACAUAACACCAGAUAGCUUGGUUCUUAUAAAGGAGGAGAAUGUUCCACCACUCAAAUGGAAACUGGGACGAGUCAUGCAAGUAUUCCCGGGAGCUGAUGGAAUAUCUCGUGUAGCUGAAAUCCGUACAGCGCACGGCAUCAUACGGCGAUCGUUCGCUAAGAUCUGCCCUUUACAUCCACAAUAAUCAAGAGGCUUCAGCGACAACUGCUACUUUAUGUUGGAAGACUACACCCAGGUGCUUCCAAGGCGGCCGGCAUGUUCAAUAUCAUUACACUGCCAUCUAGUGGCAAAUAGCAGAAACUAACCUACGGCGUGAACAUCGUAACAUCGUGCAACCGCACCGCGAGUGGGCAGCACCGUCGCAACCAACUUCACUUCGCUUGACAAAUUCAUGUAAAAACGUGUGUGUCGUUUACGUUUACCAAAACUUUAUUGUAAUUUUAAGAAAUAUAGAACGUUUAAUUUCAAAAGGA